CGAGACGCUUACACGACAGAAAAUAUUUUCAUUAAACGGCAAUCCGCGGUUUCUCCAAAACUUAUAUGCGCUUGAGCAGCACGUGUUCCAUAUUAACCAACAUGGCGGCUGGAGGAGCAGAAGAGCAUUUUGCUAAGAAACUAGCGAAUAACGACAAGAAAAUCAGAGAUAAAGCCCUGAAUAAACUUAGGGCUUGGAUUAGGAGCCGACCAAAGGAUGGCCCUGGUAAGUUACUGACAAAUUUCUUUAGCAGACGUGAACAGAUGUACAAAAAUGUUGCGCCACUUUUCAAGCAUGGAUGUGUUUUUAUGGAUCACUCAAUGCUAAAGAGGACAUUGUGGUAAUGUCUCAGUAUGCAGUAUGUGUAGUGCGAUGAAAGAACUUGGAUUACCGUAUUAUUGAAUCCAAUGCAUUAUGUUAUUUAUCUAAGUACAUUGAUAGGAAUAAUUUAUUUUUCCUUGAAGGGUUUGGUGAGGUAGAUUUGCUUAAAAUAUGGAAGGGACUAUUUUACUGCAUGUGGAUGUCAGACAAGCCUCUUAUUCAGGUAUUUCCAUAACAAUCUGAUAUAAUCAACUUUAGAACAUUGCAUCAUUGCUUUACUUGGUAACUUAUACCGUUGAGCAACAUUUAGAAUUGAAUUGCAUUGCAAGCAUAUGGUUAUUUUUUUUCCUGCUGGUGUGAAAUGAGAACACCAAACCCCUUGGAUUGUGAUGUGCUAUUAUCUUUUCUCCCUCUUUCUCUUCUUGCAGCCCUCACACUCAUAACUCCCCUUAAACAGCAAGCUUCCCAGCCAUUAUUGAACAGAUUUAAUGUAAGCCCCCUCAUUAUUAAUUACAAGUUUUAAAUUUGUUGGCAGGAAGAGCUGGGUUUAAAUAUUUCAAAACUUAUACUCAGUUUCAGGAAUGAACAAUCAGGUAAGAUGUAUAUGUUGUAGCUAAGAAUGAUUACUUGAAAAGUUUGCAAACCAUAUGCCUCUGGCUUGUUAACAAACUUUUCUCGUGUUCUCCCAAUAUCUUGCAUGGUUUAAUUUGCAAUUGAACUGAUAGGAAGAGGGUUUUGUAUUGGUAAUAAUGUGAUUGGUAAUAAUGUGAUUUUGAGAAACAUGAAAAAGAGACAUGAAAAAUGCACUUGUUUUCAGCCAAUCAGAAGCAUGUAAUUUUCUUGUUUAUUAUUAAAUUGUUUUAUUAAUUGCUUAAUUUAGUGAUGCAUUUUUUUUUAUCAUACACAACAGUUGUGUGUUAAUGGGAGUGCAGGCAAUUUAGCAGUGUGCUGGCUGCCAGAACAAAGGCGUAAAAUUAUUUAAUUUGACUCUUCUCACACAAUCUGCUUCUUUGAUUUUUACUUUUUAGCUGUCCUUUUUAUUAAAGCAUUUUUUAAAACAAUGCAAAGAGAAUGGCAUGGGAUAGAUCGUCUGCGAUUGGAUAAGUUUUACAUGGUUAGUUUUUGAUAAAAUAUUAAUGUAGAGCAGUUUUCAAUUGGUUGUGGAACAGUGUCAUCAAACCACCUAUGGACUUGGGAAAGAAAGGCACACUAUCAUUGAGAGAGAGAGAAGGAGGGUCGAUUGUCUCUUUACUGACCAGCUAAAGUUUUCGCAGCAAAUGUGGAUGGACAAUGAUAAUUGCAAGAGCAUGAAAGUAUAUUUUAGUGGAAUGGGCUGCCUGGAUAAUUAAAUAGCAUAUCCUGUAGCUGUAAUGUAAGACAAGAGUGUCUGUUAGUGCAGUCGUCAAUGGAGUGCAAAAAGUAGCAAGAGAUUGCAUUUAAUUGCUUCGUGAUGAUCUUUGAUUGUUCUAGAAAACUGCACCCCACUGCCUUGACAUAUUAGAAUAGAAACAAACCAAUUGCAACUUGGUAAUUAUGUGUUAUCAACUGAGUUGAUAACACUUGGUCACUUGUGUAUUUGGAUGCUUUAGUUGGUUUUUGUCCUCUUUGAGUUGGCCUUGGCACUUUUUUGACAUAAAAAGCAAAUUUUUUUUCAGCUCAUCCGUUUCUUUGUGAAAGAAACUUUCAAUUUUCUGAAAAAAGCUGGUUGGGAGGAAAGGUAAGUUUUUUGAAAUUAUUGUGCCAUCUAACUGCCUACUUUUCAGCAGAGAACUUUCAGUCUGUAAUGUUUGAAUUGUCUUCAUUUUUCCUUCUUUAGGUUAGUCAAUGAUGUUGUUAAUAUUUUUUAUGAAGAACCAAUGAAUCCAAGUAGUCUGAAGGUAACUGAUCAUAUAUUAUUCACACACAGUGGGUUAAUAUUUGAUUCUCUUGACUGCAGAAUGUAGCAUUGGCUUUCAAGCUCUGGCAGAAUAAUUGUGUUGUGUUCUUGGGCAAGACUCUCCACCCCCAUAAUGACUCUCUCCAUGCCAGGAGUUGCAAUGGGUGUCCAAAAAUUGUUAGGGAAACUUGUUGAAAUGCUUGAGGGUAACCUGUAAUAAACUGGAAUCCCAUACAGUAUAGGAAGGAGUGGCUGCCACUCAUUUCUAUGCUGUACUACUGUAAUACUCAAUAAUAUGUCAUAAGAGUAACCAUCAUCAAAUUUCCCCCAUUAGUAUCACCCCUGAAUCACACAAAAAGGUUGCUAGAAUAAAGGAAAUGAUCACCAACUACUGAAGUUCUUAAUUAUUAAACAAAUUUUCCUUGCAAAUACCCAGCAAGAGUUUCUUUAUUUUGUGAUCAUUCCCUUCAAUCUGGUGACCUCAAUAUGUGUUUCAAAGGAUAUAUUAUAUUUGUGGAAAGAAAUUAGAUGCUAGUCCCUCUUAGGAGUCAACAGGUUAAAAAAAGGUACCUCAUGUGUAGUAAUAAAUUUUUUAUUGUGAUUUUAGGUUCCUGAUGGAAUUCGACUUCACAUGGUGUCAGUGUAUCUCUCUGAACUUGGAAGUGUACUAGAUGAUGAGGUAAAAUGCCAUGAUCAUGUUAAUCAAUAAAUUGUUUGUGUUGUUGUAACGUAUGUAAUUUUAUUUUGUUUAUUUUUUAUGAUUAUAUAUAUAUUUUUUUUUUCACCUGUGCUGUUUGUAGGCUUCUGCUGGUGCAGUGCUUAAGCUCUUGGAUCCUUUUUUCCUGCUUGCAACACACUCAAGCAAGUAAGAAUUUUGAUGUUGUAUUUGAUCAAACAGAAAUCUGCACAAUUGAUUAGCAUUCCUCUGAGAAUGAUUGGGAAUACCCCAUUGGUGGUUCAAGUUUAAAUUUUAGUUCAAAUUGUCAUUGUUCCCAAGAACUGCUAGAGACUGUACCCAGUUCCUCCCUGAGAUGCCUGAUAUUACAUCUCUGGUCAAAUUUAAGAAUUGCCUUUAAGUUAGUUCAUUAGCUUAAUUAAUAAGAGCAUGUUAACUUGUAUGGUUGAUUUUUAUUCUGUAUUGCACUUAUUGAAGCAUGUAAUUUUUACUUUUGCAUUUUGUAAGUGUUUGGUGUGUUGCCUAACUGGCUUUUACCAACCUUAUUGAGAUGAGAUGAGGGUAGUCGAUCCUACAGAUAUUGGAAUCAGCUUAGCAUGUUUAUCCUCUAGCUCAUUUUCAAGCUACCUUUUUACUUGUUUGUGCCUGUUAGUUCUUAUCAAAGCUGUAAUUUAACCCUUUAACUUCCAGAAGUGAUUUACUUGUAACUUGUCCUGAACAUUAUCCAGCCACCAGGUAAUGAGAAUACUCAAACUUAUCAGGAAGAAGUUUUUAUGAUCCAAAUUCUCACAACUUAUUUACAUGGAAUUGUUUGCCAGUUAGAGGUGAGAAUUAACAAUCAGAUCUUGGCAUUUAAAGGGUUAACCGUGAGAAUUGAAUUUUUUCCCUAGCAAAACUGUUACCAGUGCUGUGGGAAAGAGUUUGUUUGAACACCUUGUUCAACAAGGGACAGAUGACUCUGAGGAGCAGCAGAAUUCUAAAAUUAAGGUCUGGCUCACUCUACCAUAGAAUUGUUUUUAAAAAUUUUAAGGGAUUUUUAACUAUUCAUUUUAAAUAUUACUGAAAUUUUCGAUGGCAAUAAAAUACUUGAAUUUGUUUGUUUGUUUGUUUAAUUUUAAUGAGAUGAAUACUGACCCUUUUUUAUUUUAUUUACUUUCAAGGUUGAUUUUGCUUCUGCUGCUGACAGAUUAUUUUCUUUAGCAAGUGACAGAAAUAUCCUUGGUAGGAACAGGAAUCAACUUUUUUACUGGGCUAAACGGUAAGACUAGCUAACAGUGGAUCAAUUAAUAGUCAGUUAGGGCCAUAAUGGGGAACACAGUUUUUUGCUCUAAUUAUCCACCUUAUCCAAAAAAUGCUCUUACUUCCUGGUCAGUUGAUAAGGAAACAAGAUAUGAAUUGAGGGUUCAACUUGGCAAAGAAAUUCCCAAGAUCUCAUUUUCAAUUCUCAUGAUUGACUGCCACACAUUUCUUCUGAUAUAACCUUUGAGAAUUUGAUGUUAAAUCAAACAAUACAUGUAGUCACUUGUUUGAUAUUUGUAUAUUUUCUCUUCUCUGUUCUGCUUGACAAUGUAUUGUUACUUUAUGGAGAAGGAACUUAUUGAUCACUCUUGGGAAUGAAAAAGUCAUUGAUUUAUUUCCCUUUCUGGUGCCCAAGCAGUCAACCCUUAACCAAAAGCACUGGAAAGAAAGUUUCCUUUUUUUCCUCUUUCAUUUAUUUCUUAUAAAUCAUUGACUUGUAAUUUCCUCAUCUACCUGCCAUACAAUUCCAUCAAAAUAGGCCAUUUUCAAUAUAUUAAAAUUCAAACUUUGCUCUGAGACUCCGGUGGAUAAAACAAAAGAAAUCACAUCAAGGUUGAGGGAUGAAUAAUGAAUUUCUCUUGUUUUAUUCCCCCAAGCCUCAUGUCCCUGUUAGAAUUUUAAUAUAAAGAAAAUGAUCUAUUACAGUAGCUCUUAUGAGGUAAUGACUUUUUGCUGAUGAGAUCUGUUUUUUUGUGUGUGUGACACAUUUCUUGGUACAUAUAAUAUGUUGACUUUGAAAAGAAAGGUUGCAACAUUACUGUAUUAGUUAAUUCACUUUUUUGUAUAUUUUUUGUUCAUGUGAUCAUGCUUCAUUUAUUUGAUCACUUAUUUAUUAAUUUAUUAUGUGUUUAUCUCUUUGCAGUCUGAGGAAACGAUCAACAGGUAUUUAGCACUUGUCUAUUGGUUCAAUGCAAGUGAUUCUUCCAUAUUUCGUCACCCUCUCUUUCCUGCUGUAAAACAUACAGUCAAGCAACUGUUAUCUCUCUGUGUUUCUUCACUCAACCCUUUAACUCCCAGACCAAAUUUGUAAUUCUCCUAACUGUAAACCAUAUGAUUCUUAUAAUGGUGGUUCAGAGAAUUUAGUAUUGGAUCAACUAAUUAUCCCCAAAUUGAUAGCUUUCUAUAUUCUCAUCACUUAUCUGCUUGAUAUUGUAUUGAUAUUGUAAAGAAAAAUUCUGUCUUGGUCACUCAUGGGAGUUAAAGGGUUAACAUGCAAGAGUUUCAUAAGUAAACAGAAGUUUACAAUAAAACAGAAACCUUUUUCUCAUAUCAACCUUUGAACCCCUUAGAGUGACCAGCAUCUAUUUUCUCCUUAAAAUAUCACCCCUGACUCAAAAAUUAAGGUCACAAGAAUAAAGGAAGAGAUCACCAACCAAAGAAGUUAUUGAAAUUCUCCCUGUCAGCAUCUUAGGAAAUGUAUGGAGAGCAGUAUGGAGAAUAUGCAUACUGAUGUUAGGCUUUAAAGGGUUAAGUACAGUGAUUCAUGAAUUGUAGAACAUGGAGGGCAAGCAGAACCAAGGUCUUUACAUGUGUGUUAUGAAGUAGUUUUAAUGUUUCUGUAUCAUUUGAACCUAUAACUUUGUGUACUGUAGGCAACUUGACCUUAUUUAUUUGCCAAUUUUCUCUUUCUAUAUGGUCUGAUAGGAGAACAUGUGGAGGAUUCUGUGCAAGAAGAUAGAAUCCCAAAUGGGAUCCAAGUUGGAUCAAAGAGAAAGACUGAAGAGCAAGAGUCAUCAGACAACAACAGAGAUCACAGUCACACCAAGGAAACAAAACAGAAGAGUAAAAAGAUUAAAGAUUCUAAUGAUAAAAAAGAAGAGGAACUGGGUAAUCACAAUAGUGAACUUUCUACUAUAGAAGACAAGAGAGAGGGAAGGAGAAAAAGAAAGAAUAGGCAAGAUAGUGAAGGUCAUGUUGAGUUGUCUUCUGAAGAAAAAGAAAUUCAUACAGAGCAAAACAUUGAGCCUAAGGAUAAAAAGAAGAAGAAGAAGAAGAAAUCUCCUAUUGAGAAUGAGGAAGGAUCUGUGAUUAGCCAUGAAAAUGGUGGUGGAGAAUUACUUACUGAAAAAAAUAAAAGAAGACAUCAAUCUUCCAAUAAAGAAGCUAUUAAUGACCUAAGUGAGGAUAAUGCUUCUGGUGUUGUUGGUGACACAAUACAUUCAACUGAAAAAGAUGAUCACACCUUGUUAAGAACUGUGGAAAAUGAGGUUUUGAAUAGAGCCAAUGGUCAUGGUGAGCAGCCCUUUGCAAAGUUUCAGAAGAAUGCUACUCCACCGGCAUUUGUUCGAAGAUGCGGUGCUAAAACACCCAGAACAAAGCUGCGAAGGAACAGUAAUUUGAAGGUUGGGAACAAUAUAUUUUUCUUUAGCGUGAAAUAGUAGCAAGAUUGUCAUGUAUAAAUGUGUUAUGUAAAUUACUAUAGUCAAUUUUGCACAGGUAAUUAUUUUUUAUUUGCCUUUCUGCAACUUGUACAGGCACAUCUGCCACCAGCAUUCUACAGUGUUUGGUCUUCUCUCUAGAGAAGCUCCUAGACAAUCAGCAGGUCAUGAUUGUUGAUUGAAUUAAACAUUGUACAAUUUUAUGUAAUUGUUAGUUUUUGUAAUAUCUCAAGACUAAUGGUUAAUGAACAAGAUGCGAAAUGAUUUCUCUGUAUUUGUUAUCAGUGAAUACAUAUGCAAUAAUUUGUGUAGGUUCAACUGCCUGGAUCAGAACCUUCAAAGGGAACAAGGAAAAAAGUCAGAAUAGAGGUGUCAAAAAAUACUUCACACACAACACAAGGUCAGUGCAAAUUACCAUUGAAAAGUUGGGGUUCUUUUUCAAGUCAGAACAAACUCAUCCUUGUUCAGUUCAAUUAUUGGUAAUGAAAUAAUGUAUGUGGCUCAGGGUAGUUAUAGUGUGGGUGGCAUUUAAUUUAGAAAUCAACUUUGCCCUUCUCUGGCUUGGGAGAGGGUGGUAAAGGGUUUGAAUGUGAUGUGUGAUAAGGCAAAAAUUAUGUGUAAUACUGAAUUUCACAGAAAGGUGCGCAUGACUCGAGAAGUUUUGAAUCCACGUUAAACAUGAUUUGCUUCCCAAAAUAUAUAUGAUCCAUAAAUUUUUUCUUUCAUUUUGUGAAGACCUCAAGAUUUCCCUGAAAUCUUGAACAUAAGAAGGGAGAUUUGAAAUUUUCCCUCAUUUAUAUUAUGUGAAUUUUUCUAAAAUUAGUUUGUGAAAUGGGAUUAGGACCCCCCCUCCCCCUUUUGCUACCCUCCAGGGAGGGCUGCAGCAUCAAAGCUCAUUAAGGCAACACCUCUUGAACCUUUCAUUUUGUGCCACUUUUUCUUGACAGAUUAUAAACGUAGUUUGAAGGAAAGCCCAAACAUUCCAUUUGAUGCAGAGAAGACACCUCCUCAAGGGUUACUCAAGUCACCACCUCAACCUCAAAGAACACCCUUAGUUGUAAAAAAGACUGCUGCAGCAUCCACAGCUUCUGGCCAACUGCAGCAGAAAAGAAACAACCUAAAGUUACGCAAAGACCCAAGGCCCUAGAUUUCUUUUGAUUAGACAAUAUUUAAAGUUGAAAUUGAAACUCUCAAAGUAUCAAGGCAGUUUGAAUCUAAAAAUGAAAACAUGUAGGAUAUUUGUACCCGCAGCCUUUUUAUGCAAAUCCUCUCUUUCGUAAUCUUUCAAAGUUUUUUAUUUCCUAUGCCCUUAUUAAUAUUUUAUGUGCACAAAAAUAUUUUGUCAUAUAUUAUACAAAGCUUAUUUGGUCUGCUGUUGUUUUUAGGAACAAAAAUUAAUGUUAUUUAAACAGUUACACACUGUUUUCAUAUAUAAAUGACUUCCUCAACAGAGAAGAAUAAAUCGAUUAUUUUGAUCCAAUACCAAAUUCUCUGGUCAAAUAAAGAAUUGCAAAAAUAGAUCUUGGGAGUGAAAGGGUUAAAAGUUUCACACUGUUUUCUCCUUUUUCAAAUAAGAAUCUCCACCAAUUAUUUCAAUUCUUGCCACAAAACUUCUUUUCUUCAAAAAAAAAGUUUUAAUUACAAAGUGCCACUUUGAAGAGGAGUCCAUUAGCUUCUACUUUGAAAGGGCUAUUAGAAUAUUUCUUAUGAUUAAUGGCAAAUGGACAGAUCA